CGCACAGUGCCCGCUCCGCCUCGCCAGCUGCACGCCUCCGCCACGCGUCACAUCUCGUCCGCGCCGGGCCGGCCGGCAUGGCUCGCUGGGUGCGCCCCAUCGGCGGCUGAUGUCGGCAUGGACUACGGCCGUGGCGGUGGAGAUGACGCAGACAGCGACGGGCGCCGUGAGACUGACAGGUGGACGCGUCAGCUGCGAGAUGCGUGAGCCUGCGGCCACGCACCGCGGCGACUGCGGCUAGAGCCAUGCCACGCACAGACUGGGCUGCGUGGAGCCAUGUGGAGCAGCUCACCAGAACGGGGACUCCCCGCGGCUCGCGGGAGGUGGCCGGCCUCGCCAGCCAGUCCGUGGCCGCUGGGGGUCUGCGCAUGCGCGUUCGCCGCCUGCCUCUGCGCGGCGCUCACUGUGGCGGCCGAGCCGCCUCUGCCAGAGGAGGACGGCGGCGGCGGACAGAACGCGAGCUCCGGGGCGGCGGCGCUGCUGGUGGCCGCGGCGCUCGACGACGGCCUGUCAGACCUGCGGGACCUCUUCUGGCCGCUCAACGACUCCUGGCUGCUCGACGGCUUCGACGACUUCGACCACGACCACUUUGAGAACGCCGGCGACCUCUUCCCGGAGGCGCAGAGCACGGCUGCGCCGGCCGCGCGGCCGCCCCCGGGCCCGCCGGACCCCGAGUUCGACUCCAACCUGGUGACGAACGUGACGGCACAGCUGGGCGGCACCGCGUUCCUGCACUGCCGCGUCCGCAACCUGGGCGAGCACACGGUGUCGUGGGUGCGACGCCGAGACUGGCACAUCCUCACCUCGGGCCUCUUCACCUACACCAAUGACGAGCGGUUCCAGGUGGCCCACUCCACUGACGAGGACUGGAGCCUCCAGAUCAAGUACGUCCAGAAGCGUGACAACGGCACCUACGAAUGUCAGGUGGCGACCGGCGCCGGCACCAUGUCGCACUACUUCAACCUGCACGUCGUGGCGCCCGCCGCCUUCAUCCUGGGCAGCGGCGAGUACCACAUCGGCGAGGGAAGCACCAUCUCGCUCGUCUGCAUCAUCGAGAACAGCCCGACGCCGCCGCAGUACGUGUUCUGGUUCCACAACGAGCGGGUCGUCAACUACGAGGGGUCGCGCGCCGUCGCCGUGAGCACGGAGCCGGGCCCGCGCACGCACUCGCGGCUCCUCAUCUCGCGCGCCACGCGCCACGACUCGGGCAACUACACGUGCAGCGCGCCCGACACACAGCCCGACACCAUCAACGUCUACGUCUCGCAGGGGGACAACACGGCGGCCAUCCAGCGGCAGGCGGCGUCCGCCCCCCGGCCGCCGCCCCCC